GUCAUUGUGAGAACAAAGCAAAGCAGAGCAGCAAUCCAAUUCAAUCCAAUCCUCAUUUUUAUAUGUGAUAAACAUUCUCAUUCAAAUCGAACAAAACAUCGUCAAUCUCUUUCCAUUAAAUUCCGGCACGAAAUUUCUGCCUCCGUAUCCACACACGUAUGUAUUUUGUACGUAUGUGGCAAUAAUUGCGUGGGAUUUUGGUAAAUAGCCGUUGUAACAAUUGCUUAGUGUUUAAGGAAAGUGAAAAAAAAAAGGCAUACAGGCGACGGGGAAAGCGGCUGCUGAGGAAAGGAAAGGGAAGGGACACGAAAAGGGGAAGCUUUUCUUCAUCGGAAAAUGGUGGCGCCGCCGUGGAGGGUUGCGGUGGUGGUGGUGCCGCUAAUUUUGGCGGUGGUUGGGGGAGAAGGGAAGAGUUUGGUACUGAGUCUGGACCGGGCGAGUCGGGCCGGGCUCGGAGUGACUCAACUCGGGCAGCUCGACCGAGUCAGGCACGGGAGGUUAUUGCAGCAACAGCCUAUGGGGGUUGUUGAUUUCCCUGUCAAAGGCACAUACGAUCCUUUUCUUGUUGGGCUGUACUAUACAAGAGUCAAAUUGGGGAGUCCACCGAAAGAAUUUUACGUGCAGAUAGAUACCGGGAGUGAUGUCUUAUGGGUCAGUUGUAAUCCCUGCAACGGUUGCCCAACUUCAAGUGGACUUCAAAUAGAUAUGGAGUUUUUUGACCCUUCCAGUUCACAGACAGUCUCAGCUAUUUCAUGUUCUGACCAAAAAUGUUCCCUAGGAACACAAUCUUCCGAUUCUGGUUGUAACGAUCAAAAUCAGUGUGGAUACACAUUCCAGUAUGGUGAUGGAAGUGGGACAUCCGGAUAUUACGUAUCCGACACCAUUUACUUUGAUUCUGUCGUAGGGAAUUCAUUGACAACAAAUUCUUCAGCGAAUGUUGUAUUUGGUUGUAGCACAUCGCAGUCCGGGGGCCUUACCAAGCCGGACAGAGCAGUUGACGGCAUCCUAGGUUUUGGACAGCAGGGAUUGUCUGUGAUUUCACAACUUUCUUCCCAAGGGAUCGCCCCAAAUGCCUUUUCUCAUUGCUUGAGAGGAGAAAAUGGUGGCGGUGGUAUUUUGGUGCUCGGUGCCAUAGUGGAGCCUAACAUGGUUUACACUCCACUUGUUCCUUCUCAGAUGCACUACAAUGUGAACCUACAAAGUAUUUCUGUGAAUGGGCAGACACUAAACAUCGAUUCAUCAGUGUUUUCUACCUCAGAGAACCGAGGAACAAUAAUUGAUUCUGGAACAACAUUGGCAUAUCUUGCAGAAGAAGCCUAUAAUACUUUUGUCACUGCAAUUACUCAAUCUGUGUCCCAAUAUGCCCGCCCGAUUCUCUCCAAGGGAUACCAAUGCUAUCUAACUACCUCAAGUAUCUCGGAAAUUUUCCCUCCAGUUAGUUUAAACUUUGCUGGUGGUGCAUCGAUGAUAUUAAGGCCUCAAGAUUAUCUUCUGCAGCAGAAUUCCAUUGGUGGCACUGCAGAAUGGUGCAUUGGUAUUCAGACAAUUCACGGUCAACAGAUAACAAUUUUAGGAGUUAACAAUCAUUGGGGUGCAACGUGGGCGUUGUAUUCUAAAGUGGAAGAGGAUGUGAUACCCCCGGAGUUAAGCCAUUGCUUGGCCGACUCCUGUGUGUGAGGUGGUGCCAGGCCAUCCGAGGUUGAAAGAACUCUAGAGUAAGUUGAUGAUGGGUGACCCUUGGGAAGUCUCUCAGUGUGCGCGUGAGUGAGGACAAAGCGCGUUGCAAAAGACUCGUGUUGACUUGUGGGGUCAGUCUAGAAUCACGUCAUGCUCGACGAUUUUCUGCUGACUCCGCGAUGCAUAGUGUCCUUUGUUGAAGUGCAUUUGGGCCGCCACUCCUGUCAGAUUUGAGGGUGCCUUGGUGAUUUCCAUCUUUUCCUUCACGGUUUUGGCACACUGAGACCAGGUUUGUUUGGGCGAACCACCCACUACGUUGACUGGGCCGAGAAUGGAUCAAUAUCAAUUUUCAUAUCUAGCUUAUCUGCCAAUUUGAGUCGCCCUUCUUUGAUAGUUCGCUACACAACAUUGCGGAAAACUAUGCAAUUUCCGACUUGAUGGGCGUAAAUAUCAUUCCAUUUGUAGAACGUCUUGCCCUCUAAUUUCUCAUAUGGUGGAAAUUUUUGUCAUCCCUUCAGCCUGAUCUGAUUGCCCCGCAACAAGUAUUCGAAGAUUUACUCAAUUUUGGUGAUGUCAAACGAGUAGUGCUGCUGUGGACCGAGACU